AUGGCCGAGGGCCCGUUCUUCAGGGCGCAGACGCCCUUGCACCCGGACCACCUGUGGAUCUGGGAAAAGGCCGUGUAUGUGGACGAGAACCGGCGCACCUGGCUGCCCAUAACCAUCGAGACAGAAAGUAGCCUCCAAGUCCUCUUGCGUCAGGAAGACGUGCCCCUGGGGGAUCCUGUGUGCCCCAGCCAGCUGGGCCCGUACCUGCUGCCUGUCAUGUGGCAGCUCUACCCCGGGAGGAGGUACCGAGCCUCAGACUCCAGUUUCUGGCGCAUAGUGUACCAUAUCAAGGCAAGUAUCGACGGCACCGAGGACAUGCUCCUGGAGCAGCUGCCAGACCCAGAGGACGAGUGA